AUGAAAUACUUCAAUGGGUUAUUCUCAAUCUUUUUUUUUCUUUUACUGACAAACUAUUUAAACUUUAACUCAAGGAUAUCGAAUCAACUAAACCAGAUGUUAUUGGACGAUGGGUGGAUCGACAAAGUAAAACAACUAACGAGAGAAGAGAUGGAAAGAAGUGACAGUACAAAUUUCGUGGAUAUUUUAAAUAAAGUCGAGCCCCAGGCUCUUAAUAUGGUAAAUGACAAAACGAGAACUGAGAUACUACAGACGAUAAAAGAGUUUCUAAAUGACAUAGUAGAGGUCUAA